AUGCCUCGGGAGGUCGCUGAUAUUAAGAAGUUCAUCGAGAUCUGCCGUCGGAAGGACGCUUCUUCCGCCCGGAUCAAGAAGAACAAGCAGGUCGGCAACGUCAAGUUCAAGGUCCGCUGCCAGAAGCACCUGUACACCCUGGUAGUCAAGGACUCUGACAAGGCCGAGAAGCUCAAGCAGAGCCUCCCUCCUACCCUGACCAUCACCGACGUCCCCAACAAGAACUAA